AUGAAAAGGGGCUUCCUUGCGCUUCUGGGCGCUACCCUCGUGGCUGCUACAAAGCCGAGCCGCGGCUGGCGUGCCUCUGUCGAUACCACCGAUGUCGGGUUCGCUACAGACCAGACUGGGGACGGCCAGUUUGGUCUCUUUGUUGUUGCGCCCAUUGUCCUGACGCGUCUCUUCUCCCGGGAGAGUAGCGUCGUUGUCACAGGCACCGUCCAGCCAGUCGGCAACACCACGGACGAGGACAUUGAGUACGAGCCCCAGGUUGCUUUUACCGAAACCAUUUCCAUUCCUGGCGAUACGGCGACGCAGGAUGCAAGCUUUGACUUCACCAUUCCGACACCGUGGAUGGAUCACCUGCUGUCCCUCUCCGUCUCUGUCCCAGGCACCCAAGAUACCACCGAGACAGACGGGCUUGUCAUCACUCUCGAUUCGAAUGGUGACUAUGUCGCCAAGACGCCAGGGGAAUGGGACCACGACGAGAAUAUCCGGAUCAUUGCGGAGCUCGAAGCAGAGACAGUCCGGAUAAUACCACAGGACCCCAGCGAUCUGGGCGAGGAUCCUGAGAUUUCCGAUGAAGACGAGUAUCCAGUCAAUGGUGUACCAAAGGAAGGAGACGACUCUGGCGGGGAUCCAGGAGAUGGCUCUGGCGGAGACCCUGGAGAUGGCUCGGGGGGAGACCCAGGAGACGGUAAGACAACGAAAAUCAUCGUCACCAAGACGACAACUGUCUGCCCUACACCAACACCAAAACCGCCAUGUGACGACGACCGGCUGCAUCCACGUCAGAUCGUUUUGUCACCAGCCACUGUCAAUGCCAAGGUGACCUUCACCGGCUGGAACAAGAACGUUCAGGAUUUGCGCUUGGUGCAGGUGACAGCCUGGGGCAACGUCUACAACUCGGCGGGCGGCUUUGUGGAGCGUGUCAACGCAUUUGAGACGCUGGAUGUUCGGGGCAAUGCGCAGUUCCGCUUCGACCUCCGCGCAGGGCAGCGCAUCGUGGUCAACCGCCUGGUGGCACGCUUGGAGGGUGUCAAGUAUAUGGUGGGGACCAGGAAGACGGAGUCCGAUCCUCUCGUUCGCAAGACCGUCACCAUGACCCUCAAUGUCAACCCGUGGAACGUCAACGCUGGCGAGACCAAGUCUUAUACCAACAAGUAUCCACGCAAUGUCCAUUUUGAUGGCCUCCUGGUGGCUGAUACCUUCCAGCGUAUCAUUGACUUUACCCGCUUCAACAUUGUCGGGAGCGCCGCGAUCAACAAGGUGAAUGUCUGGUUCCCCUCGACCGACCCGGGCACCUUCUUCAGCUCUGCACCAGUCUACAUCAACAUCCCCCACGACGACGCCAGGGAUCCCGAUGUCCUCGCCCACGAGUACGGCCACUACCUCGACUUCCUCGCUCGCGAUGGGGCAGACUUCCAGGCGGGGGGAAACCACACCUCCUGCGGGUCACCCAACGACCAGACUGCCCUAAGCGAAGGGUACGCCACGGCCUUUGGCCUCCUUGCCCUCGACAAAACCCUGCUCUCCAACACCGUCUACGGGCAGUACACGGAUAAAAGACCUGAUGGUACCCUGCAGGUGAACAGGCAAUUCGAGACAUAUGCCUGCAACAGCCGGACUCUCCAGAAUGACGAAGGCCGCAUCACGGCCGCCAUAUUUGACCUUGGCGAUCGCAAGCUCGAUGCCAGCCAGGCCGCGAGUGAUGAUUCGGGUCAGAUCUGGGACACUUUCCAGGUCUCCGAUAUCAACAUCAAGUUCAAGCCCAGACUGCUCUUCUGGAGCGCUCUGAGAGACAACCCACAGACCAUGACGGAGUACUGGGGCGCCAUCCGGGCUCUGAUGACGGUUAACGCAGAGCAGAAGGCAUGGAACGUCCUCAGGUACAACUGGGCUGAGAUUCCACGUUCGCCGGCAGCUCCAUAG